CAGGUGGAACCCUAUCAAUCUAAAACAUCUGGAAACCAUUACCUCCGCUUCCCCUGAGCCAGCUUGUACAAACCUCUUUUCACCAGCCACUCUCGCCUCUCUACAUUAAGAAAGAUCCAGAUUAUAAUAAAUUCGCAACCAUGAAGCUCUUCUACAUCGGAGUUCUGAAGAAUGAGAAGCCGUCACCUGCCGUCGAGCUAUGUGCGGAAAAGGAUCUCAGCACAUUCGGUCGCUUCACGAGAGGAGGUGCAAGCGAAUUCAUGACUUUCUUCAGUAAGAAAGUCGCCGAAUCAACGGGUGCCGGACAACGACAGGACGUCGAAGAGCAAUCAUACACCAUUCACGCAUUUGGCCGGUCCGAAGGCGUCGCAGGCAUUAUUAUCAGCGACCACGACUACCCACCGCUCGUAGCGCACCAGCUUUUAUCCAAGGUCGUCGACGAGUUCCUCUCGCGCAACCCGCGCUCCUCAUGGUCUACUACGACCGCCGACUGCCAGCUUCCCUUUCCUGAACUCAAAGACUACAUUGUGAAAUACCAGGACCCGCACCAGGCGGACAGCAUCCUGAAGAUCCAAAAGGAGCUGGACGAGACAAAGAUUGUGCUGCACAAGACGAUUGAAAGUGUUUUGGAGCGUGGCGAGAAGAUUGACAGCCUGGUGGCCAAGAGUGACGGUCUAAGUUCUCAGAGUAAAAUGUUUUACACGCAGGCCAAGAAGCAAAACUCAUGCUGUAUCCUCAUGUAAAACCAGAGAUCCAUUCCUCUACUUUCCCCGCACCUUUAUAUCUCUCACACCGUCUCCUCAAACCUCUUGACUACUUCUUUGUCUCCUCUCUCAUCUGAUACUCGGUGACGACAUCAUCUUGUUUCCCGCCUGCUUACUUUCUUUAUUUUCUUCCUCUUUUUUCCUCUUCUUAUUGUUUUCCCAACAAAGACAUAUGGGCGCCUUAAUUUUUUCCUUUUCUGUCAUGUUCAUGUCAUCUCAGUAACUUUAUUGGAGUUGUUUGAGCGGGUUUUUCUUUCGUCUUUCAAAUGGUCAAAGUCUGUUUCGAUUUCAGAUCCUAGAUCCUCGUUUUUCCAUUCUCUGUCCAAUCACUGGUCAUUUGCUUUAGUAUUGCCCACACCACAACACAUCACAACACCUUAACAAUUCACACAUAUACGAUGCUUCGUUCUGAAUCUGAUAUCGGUAUACUACGGAGUAUUACAUAGCAUCACAAGUUCAAUUCAAUAUCUACACU